AUGAGUGUGAUUUGUAGAGAAUGCAACCUCUCACUCCCCUUCCAUGGAUGUCUCUUAGACUUAGGAACCUGCAAAACAAAGCCUGGUCAGUUUUGUAUAAAAGAGAUCUACACUAAAUUUGGCAUUCAAUGGUAUUCCGUGAAAGGCUGCACAAGGAACCACAAUCAGUGUUUCAAGAGAAUUGUGACAAAUUAUGAAGUUUACUCAACUCAUUGCUGCCAUAAACCUUUCUGCAAUUUCUGA